AUGAGAUACUACUACGGCAAUGACUAUGGUGGCCUGGGCUAUAGAUGUGGAGGCCUGGGUUAUGGCUAUGGCCUAGGCUGUGGCUGUGGUUGUGGUGGCUUUAGUGGCUUAGGGUGUGGCUGGGGAGGCCACAGAUAUGGCUGGUGCCGCCCAUUGUGCUAUGGAGGAUAUGGAUUCUCCAGCUUUUAUUGA